GGCUGCAGCGAGCGGUGCAAGGAGAUUCCCGGGGGUGCCAUGGCCGGCACUGGGGGAGCCCGGGAUGAGGAGCGGGAGCCGCUGCGGAGCCGGGAGAUGGAGCUGGAGCCCCGCAGGCCCCCGCCGCUGCCGGGGAAAACUCAGAGGGCCGCCAUGCAGGCACAGGGCAGCAUGCGUGCCCGCAGCAGCAGCCUGGACCUGGGUAACCCCAUGCCAGACACCCCGAGGAGCCACCCACCCCGGCCCCCCAACUCAGCCCUCAUCUACAGCAACGUGGGAGAGCUGCGGGCUGACCUCACCCCACGCAAGGCCUGCCGAGGGGAAGGAGCUGGAAGACCCCCCCCUCAUCCCGAUGGGACCCCCCUGCCUCCGCCACUGCCCAAAAAGCAGCUCCAGCGAGCGGAAUCCCUCCCAGAGCCUGGACCAUCCCAGCACAAUCGGGGUGACUCCACAGCAUGGGGCAGCAGCAUCCCACAGCCCCAUCUACAGCGUGAGGAGGGGGCUCCCAGCUCCAUCCCCUCACCGGACAGACCCUCCUGGGCACACAAGAAGCGCUUGACCAAGUCCCAAAGCCUGGGGGAAGCGGUGGCCUGGAGCAGCCUGCAAAAAUCCCCAUCGCCCAUCCCGGCGGAGCUGACUUUUGGGGUGGCAGACGGGGAGCUGGGGAAGCUCCUGCAGCUCCUGGACAGCCCGGACAGGGUGUGCAGGGUGCUGUUGGGGUGCCAGGAGGCCGCCCUGGCCCGGCUCUCAGCGCGCAUCCAGGAGGAGCUGGUGGGACCCGAGGAGCGGCAGCAGCGGCUGCAGGCAGAGCUGGCAGGGAAGAGCUGGGCAGCGCUCAGCAUCCUGGAGCGGGAGCCGUGCUGCGAGAGCCGGGAUGCCUGGUACUUCCCGGUGGGCUUCAGUAUGGAGCAAACGCGGGUGGUGUGUGCAGCCAAGGUCCCCAAGCCAGGUUCCACCAGCCUGGGGGUGCAGAGCUCCCUUGGGGUACACUGCAGCAUCCAGCGCGUGAUUGGCCGCUUCACCGACUGCCUCCCUUGGGAGCUUCUGCUCCCGGGAAGCCCUGGGGAGCAGAGUCGGUCCCUGCCCGGAGAGGAGCCAGCCCAUCCUGCCACCCAUCCUGUCCUGCAGGUCCUUAUCUCCCCUGAGGUUCCCUACCAGACCCUGGCAGACUUCGUGAAGGGAUCCCAUGGUUUGCACAGGACCUGCCCUGGGCACUAUGAACGCCUGGCUUGCCUCCUCCUCCUGCAGGUGUGCAUGGGGCUGGAGCAUCUCCGGGUGCAGAACGUGGAGCAAGGGGAUCUCUGCCUUGAGAACCUGCUGCUGGUGCGAUGCCUGUGUCCUCCCCAGAGCCAGCAAGGCAAGAAGGCAUCCCUAGGGCUUUCCCUUCCCAGGCUGCUCAUCAGCAGCUUCUACAAGGUUAAAGAUAAGCAAAGACCUUGUUCUACUAGCCAAGAGCAGGACUCGACAGAGGGCCUUGCUGCACCACCCUCCCUGGCGGCAGAUGAGCUGAAUGUAGGCAUGCUGAUCUAUCAGCUCUUGCACGUGGACAUCUCUCUGGAGAGCGCCUUGGGGUUCAGAAGCAAGAGACUUCCUGAAAUCCCCUCCUGUCCAUCUACUCCACGGGACUCAAGCGUCUGGCCAUGCUGCUUCUCCACAGAGAUCCUUGCAAGAGGGUCUCUGUUGAGCAGGCAAGGAGCAUCCUGCAGGUCCUGCUCUGGGGGCCUCGACAGGAGCUCUUUGCCAGGACCAAGAAGACCCUCACCCUGCUCCGGAGCUGGGUGGAGGUGAAGAGGGCUCUGCUGCUCCUCAGGUUUGUGGAGAACGUGGCUGGGGCAGUGGGGAGCCCUGGCCUUGAGGAGUGGCUCUGCUGCCAGUACUUCAAGGAGGUCACCGAGCACACGCUCUACCAAGUGACCCAGGCUCUCUACGCUCCCUAAAGGCAAGCUGAAGUUUAGCCCACCCAAAAGGUCUCCUCAAAGCCAAAAGCCCAUGAGGACCUGACCAAAUCCACCAGCUCACAAGGAACCCAAGCUGGUCCUGGUUGGGUAAAGUCUGUUGCCAAACCCAAACCCACUUUCCCCCCAGCACAAAAACGAUGAAGCUGGGACCAAACUCCCACCCGUGGCUCCUGUAACAUGCGUUUUUAUACCCUCAACCAGUUUUUGUCUGAUAGAGACCAGUUUAUCAGAGCAUCUUCAGGAAGAUGACAGGAUAGAAGCCACAGCAUCAAGUGCCAGUUGCCAAGUAGAGUUUAUGGGGCUCAGACUUUACACAAACACCUCUCAGACCUCUCCUGUGGCUUUCACUGUUUCAAAGCCACACAUUACAGCUCACCUGAAUGCACCCGUUAGCAAAGGGAAAUGCAAUAAAUACCUUGUAUAACCUGCUCUCUUUAGAAACAAUUUGUGGCACAGUCACAAAUAUAAAUGACAUUUUAAAGGGGGAAAUACAGCAGCCACACAGCUUCAAUAAAACCCAGAGCUGAGCCUCUUAAA